CAGACUCCAAUGUAGUGAAACAUGGUUUGCAUAGAAGCCGAUCAACGAUUGACUACGAGAUACUUAUAUAAACGAUGCCUGCUGAACCUGUAGAACAUGUUUCCCACGAUAUCAACCCCUCAUUAAUGUGUGUGCUCUCCCUAUCGACGAGCUACCACAUAACUAGCCAUACAUUCUAUCAACCAUUGUACUCAGUUACACAGUAGAAAUCCAUCAUGGCUAGACCAAGCAGAAGGGCCGGAAGGGGUGGAAGGGGACAGCCCGGAGGCCAACGCGCAACUCACCAUCACGACCCAGCUAUCCUAGCAGCUCAGAAGGAAGCAGAGCGGCGUGAGCAGAUCAUCGCUGACACCCGCCGUACGGCAUCUAAAUGGCGACCCAAGAUCCCCGAAGUGCGAAAGUGCAACUUCGAGAACUUCAAGAACCGGUACCAUGGCCUUGAAGAGAGGGACUACGCUAUCGAUGUCCUCAUGCGUGGCCCUACCCUCGAAGGCCAGAUUCGCCGAGAACAGGCGAAGCGACGCCGAGAGGAGCUCGCCAGGAUUCGCCAGAGCUACAUGCUGGCCUACGGCGGCCUUAGAGAGGAGCCCCGUACAUAUAGCCAGUAUCACCGUGAGUCCGAAGAGAAGGCUCGCAAGGAGAAGAAGAACGAGGCCUUGCAGGCCAACGACACGGAGAUCCACCGCGUCCGUAUCCAGUCGCAGCCGGUUCUCGGGCACUUGACCUCCCUGCUGAAUGAGACAGAGCAGAGGUCAACUCCGCGGACCUUUGUGCGACCCUUCAAGUCGCUGGUCUACUUCCAGCCCAAGAUGAAGGAGAUCCUCGCCACGCUUGAGGAGAAGUGGGCGGAUGUCGAGGAUCUAGAUGAGAGCUCGUCCGAGAAGCCAGGAGACGAGACUCCUGAGGAAGUCGAGUUCGUCGAGGCUGUUGAUAGCAAGGAGUCCGCUGCUGCUGAAGGGCAGCCCAAGGACGGCAGCGAUGAUGGAGAUAAUGACGACGCGGCAUCCAUGGUAUCCGUUGACUCCAACGCUGAGGACCUCGACACCAUCAUGGACAGCCUCGAGGCAUUGCGCGACAUGCGAUGCUACGUCAACUUUGUCGACAACGAGAUCAUGCCCAUGUACAAGCAAUACGACGGCACUACCGCGGAACGGGUCAUGUAUGAUGACUUGUGGUCCCUAUUCCGCGUCGGUGAUCUGAUCUGUAUGCCCGCGGCUGGCGAAACAUCCGGCCGAUACCACGAGAUAUGGCGCAUCUAUCGCAUCGAGCUCCCGAAACCCGAGGCCUCGUUCGCCCAGGCCGGAUGGGAGUUCUUGAUGGACGACAUUCAGCAAAACAAGAAAGAGACGUUCAAUAUUUUCGCGUACUACAUCGACCACGACGGCAACAACUUCGGCGCCGUCCGACACACGUUCAGCAUCUCUUCGUUCCCAGGCGAGCGACUGAUCGAGUCGCUCGAGGUGUUCCCCAUCCGGUACCGCCACGACUACCAGCAAGUGCUCUCCUCUCUCAAGGACACGGGGCGGCAAUAUCAGAAAUUCCUCACAGACCGCCACCAGUCCUACAACGCCUGGACGCUCACGCGCAACCCACCCUUCGACACGAAGGACCCCGAGGAAGAGAUCCUGCGCGACGAGAGCAACAACGAAAUGCGGCACCCCGAGUUCGUCGAAAGCGACGUCAUCGUAGACAUGGCGGAAGCCUAUCAGAAGAACCCAGACUGGCGUCCCAGCUUCCACCGACUGACUCCAAACAAGAAGAUCCGGUGCGACUCGUCCCACGACGACAUGAAGAUCCAGCACUGGCUCGACGGCGGCCGGCAAUCGCUCGCGUACGCGCAGCAAGAGCUCGUGCAGACCGCCGACGGUGUCGAGAUGCGCCAGCGCCGCGAGAACCUCGCCAUCGACACCUUCCUCAAGGAGAGGCUCAAGGGAGCCCGGCGCUACGAGGCGCAGCCGCAGACUCUCGAGCUGCGCGAGGAGGAUCUCGUGCUCCUGCCUAAACGCAUGUUUGCAUACGCGCUGCGAGAGCGCCGAUUUAUACCCGUUAACGUCAACUUCCUCAAGCCGAUCCGGCGCCAACCCGGCGUGUUCGAGAACCUCAAGAUCCUCAAGGAUUACAAGGACAUCGUCCGCGGCCUCGUGGCGUCGCACUUCCAGCGCAAGUCGUUCGAGCGGCGCUACGUAGACAUGUCGACCGGCGGCCCCAGCCAAGAUCUAAUCCAGAACAAGGGCCGCGGUCUCGUCGUCCUUCUGCACGGUGUUCCGGGCGUGGGCAAGACCGCGACAGCGGAAGCCGUGGCAAUGGAGUACAGGAAGCCUUUGUUCGUGAUAACUUGCGGCGACCUGGGUCUGACGCCGCACGAGGUCGAGUCCUCGCUCUCCAACGUGUUCCGGCUGGCGCACCUCUGGGACUGCGUGCUCCUCCUCGACGAAGCCGACGUGUUCCUCAGCCAGCGCUCGAAGCUCGACAUGAAGCGCAACGCGCUCGUGUCGGUAUUCCUGCGCGUCCUCGAGUACUACAACGGGCUGCUGUUCCUCACGACGAACCGCGUCGGCACCAUCGACGAGGCCUUCAAGUCGCGCAUCCACAUGUCGCUGUACUACCCCCCGCUCGACAAGACGCAGACGCGCGACAUCUUCCGCCUCAACAUUGCCAAGCUGCGCGAGAUCGAGGCCCAGCGCCACGAGAUGACGGGCGAGCCCCCCUUGGUCAUCCACGACUCCCAGAUCAUCGACUUCGCCGGCAAGCACUUUGAGGAGAACGCGCGGUCCACGGGCUGCUGGAACGGUCGCCAGAUUCGCAAUGCCUUCCAGAUCGCCUCGAGCCUGGCGCACCAUAACUACACCAUCCAGGUCGAGAACGCCCGCGAGUUGGGCCAACAGCCGCCAACAGCGCCUAUGCUCGACCGCAGCUUAUUCGAAAAGGUGCAAAUGUCGACGCAGAGCUUCGACCGUCAUAUGAUGGAGUCUAAGGGGUUUGAUGCCGAGCUACCACUGCGGAGUACCUUUUACCACCAGGACGGCCGCUUUGAGUAGAUACCUCAGGCCAGUAGGUAGGUAGGCAUCCCAGUGGAGUCAGGCUUGAUUAAGUAGACACUAUAGCAAUAGCAUGCAUGAAUGAAGAAUACAAGAAGU